AAUAUCGUGCUGCUUUCUACUUGUUCGAUCGCGAUAGCAAUGGGUUCAUUACAACAAAGGAACUGGGCUCCAUUAUGAGGACGUUAGGUUUUAACCCUAACGAAGAAGACCUACAACAGAUGAUUUUCAUGGUCGAUUACGAUGGUAGGUAUGAUAUCUUCGAUUACUUGACAGGAAGUGAAUAAACACUCUUGUUACAGUCUGUGCAUACGUACAAUCUGUUGAUACCUUAGAGUAAGUUUAGACACGAUACACAUACGGCAUUUUGUGGAUAUAAAAACCUUGAAAAAAGCUCCUUGUCUAAUCACAGGAGACGGAAAACUAAAUUUCGAAGAAUACAUCAAUCUGAUGGAGCAACAGAAGACGCCUGACGAAAGAGAAGAAGACAUUACACAAGCUUUUCGAGUUUUUGAUUCCGAUAACAAAGGAUACAUAGAAUCAGCUGAUUUGAGAGAAUUGUUGGAAAAUAUGGAUUGGAAAGUUCGUGAAGAGGAUUUGAAAGAUUUGAUAACAAGGGCUAACCUAGACCGAGACAGAAGAGUCAGCUUUGAAGGUAGGGUGAAAAGCGGAGAAUGGCUGUUAUCAUUAGAAAGGUUAUUGAGCUCAUUACAGCUUGCACGAAAUUUGACAUACUUGUUGUGCACUAAAUUAAAUAUUUUGGUAAUGUUAUACAGAUAACUAUUUUUUGGAAUAUUUGAGGUUUGUGUGGACGUUUUGAGGCCCGAGAUAAGCAUAAGCAAGUCUUGCAUAUAUUGACUCGGUUUUUAUAUCGAAACGUAAAGCGGUAUGACCUUGCUCGGUUAAUUUUCAGGCUGCUUCCCUUUGUUAGUGUAACGUGUCUGUAAUACCUUUUGUACCCAUUUUGAACAUUCUGUCUGGUAAAGGGUCCCACCUAGGAAGUCACAUAAGUUAUGGUGAAUGGUCUCGAUAUAGAAUUAUACUAUGGACUGCAAAGUAAUGACUACUUUUCAUGGUAACGCUUAUCAUUAAAUCUGGAAGUGUAAUGGUAGUUGAAGUUAGACUCAUCUCUAAACUGCUUUUCGUUUAUAGAGUUUGCAAUGCUUGUGGAUCCAGAAGGGCUGCCACCACCUCAGGAUGAUGAUAAUAACAAUGAAGAAGAUGAUUUAUAAAGUACAUCAGUGAGAAGAUAUAAAUAUGCAUGAUAUCGUCUUCAGUAACGUUACCUUGCUCAUUAAAUGAUUCAUCAUCUUUGUUAUCACAAAAGUUUUAUAGACAUCAGGUCAUAUAACAAUAUAUCGAGAGAAAAAGCAGAAAGAUUUACUACUUGAUUUCAUAUUAAUGUAAAUACUUCGGCCUGGAAUAACCAAGAGCAAUUUUAUAGAAAACAUUGUAAAUAUAUUUUUACUUUUUCUUGGGCAAAGAAGAGACAAGUUCA